AUGAUCAGUGACCCCAACAAGACCCCUGCACAUUUAUUUAAAGUCACGAUCAGUGACCCCAACAAGACCCCUGCACCUUUAUUUAAUGUCAUGAUCAGUGACCCCAACAAGACCCCUGCACCUUUAUUUAAUGUCAUGAUCAGUGACCCCAACAAGACCCCUGCACCUUUAUUUAAAGUCAUGAUCAGUGACCCCAACAAGACCCCUGCACCUUUAUUUAAAGUCAUGAUCAGUGACCCCGACAAGACCCCUGCACCUUUAUUUAAAGUCACGAUCAGUGACCCCGACAAGACCCCUGCACCUUUAUUUAAAGUCACGAUCAGUCACCCCGACAAGACCCCUGCACCUUUAUUUAAAGUCACGAUCAGUGACCCCAACAAGACCCCGGCACCUUUAUUUAAAGUCACGAUCAGUGACCCCAACAAGACCCCUGCACGUUUAUCUAAAGACAUGAUCGUUUCACUGAGCCCAACAACACCAUUGAAUUUAACAUACACACUUGACCGGUGA